GAUCCCCUCUUCCUUCGGCUAUCUCCUCUCACCAGCUUCCCGCCCAAAGAAGGGUAAAAAGGAGAGUCGAAGUCCGGAAGUCCGGAGAAAGACGGGAAGCGAGAUUUCGGCAAUUUCCCCGCUCGCCACUCCUCGCGGGGCUACAAGCAUUGGGUGGUGGUGGCUUUUUUUGGCACGCCCCGUGGAAGGUGGAAGUCUUCGGGCGGAAUGUGUGCAUCCAGCUGAGCGGGCUUGGCUGGGGUCCUGGAGGUGGGGAGAAGGGUUGUCCUCCUCUAUGGUCCAGGCCCGCGCUCCCCGCCCCCGCCAAGCCCUGGACACGCCCCCGCCGCUGCCCCGACCCUGGGUGGUCAGUCGUAGUCCAAAAUGUACGACCGGGCCCCUCGGGAGAUAACGCUGGCCAAUGUCACCAGCACCGACGUCCACGUGGGGCCCGGCUCCUACGAUGUGGCCUUCCAGAAGGACUGUGUGGCAGAUGGCUAUGCUCCAUUUCUUUCUUUGGCAGCCCGAGAAAGCGCUCUUGUUACCACUAUCACUGAGGAUGAUGCCCCAGGACCAGCCCACUACAACAUUGGAAAGAUAAAGUACAAUAUAAAGGGAGGCCUGAGUCUUAAAAACAGAGAAACACGUUUUAAGAAGUUUAUUUCAGAUAAUCCAGGACCUGGAACCUAUCAUCAGCCUUGUACUGGAGACCUGAGGAUAAUAAAUUGGAAGCUGAAGGAUGCUAAAAAACACUCUUAUUUGAAAACUUCAAAAAGAUAUAAAAUCUUCAGAAGUGUGGAUGUACCUUCCAUUCCUUCCCCUGGACAGUCACAUGGUUAUUAUAUAAAAGAUGAUGGCUCUGUAUUAAAACAAAGUCCACCUCUUGUUGAUAAAACACUGGGUCCAGCAUUCUACAAACCAUUGUUUGAUGCUUCUGAUUCAACUUUGAAAUACAAAGGAGUACAUUUUGGCAACCAGUCAGGGAGACGAGAUUUACCAGUACUGGAAGGGCCUGGGCCUGGGGACUAUGAUAUACUUCAGGAAAGUACACUGCAUUAUGAGAAUGUUAAUAUCAAGAAAGAAGAUAAACUAAAGACUUAUCCUUUUCUCCCACGUUAUCAUGAGGUAAUAGUACAACAGGAAGAAAAAAAGGGAGUACCAGGGCCUGGGAGUUAUGACAUUAAAAGUCAGUUUGGAAAUGUAGAAGGGGACACAUCAAGUAUAAACGAAGCACACCCUGCUUUUCUUUCACAAUGCCAGAGAUUUGUACCUGUGAAAUCAAUCACUCCAGCUCCUGGCACAUAUAAUGACCAUCGAACAGCUCUUGAGAUCUUGAAAAAAUUACCAGGACCAAAAAACACCCCUUUUGGUAGAACUACUGUUCGUUUCCCACAGGACUACAGUCUAGAGGAAACUCCAGGUCCUGGGUGUUACGAUGUUUUUAAAAAGAGUUCAUUUGACACUUUAAAAGAUCAUUAUAUGCAGAAAACAAAGAAAAGUGCAUUUGGAUCAUCUGCUCCUCGAACGUAUCAUUUUAUUAAAGAGGAAGACUAUGAAAUUCCUGGGCCAGCUGAUUAUCAGAUUAGAGAAAGGACUGAAGAUUCAUUGAAGAUAAGUAAUGAAACAGUUGCCUUCCUGUCAAAAGUAGAAAGAGGAAAGCAUAAAUUGGAGGUGGAUGUCCCGCCACCAGGUCACUAUGAUGUUCAAAAGUCAUUUGAGAAAUCAUAUGGCAAACCUAAAUACAUGCCACCUCGCACUUGCUUGGCCAGAAAAAAGCACAACUCUUUCCUCAGUUCAGCUCCUAGGAGUUUAGAGAUAAAGAAAGAUGGACCAGGACCUGCUUCCUACGAUCCAAUUUUCAAGACAUCUCCUAAACUGUCCUUAUUUCUUAAGAAAGAAAAGCGCUUUGUGGAACCUAAGAAUAUAACUCCUGGUCCUGGAACUUAUGAGCUAAGUCCAGUUUUCAGAGACACUAUGCUGAAAGGAACCUUUAAUGCUACCCUGCCGAAUCCCUUAUUGUGUGAGGCAGAAAAUGUCUCUACAACUCAGAAAGCCAAAAUGCAGUUCUAUCUGGGAAGCAAGCCUGCGAUUUUAAAAUGACAUGUUCCAAGCUUGUCCCAUCUAUUAACUAGAAGCAAGCUGAAAGUUCUUUUUUUUUUUACAAAGAAGUUUUUUAAUUUUGAUGAUGUUCUCUAUCAGCUGCUCAAAGAAACAUAAUUGCUCUUCUAACCUUGAGAUAGAAAACCUGUUCUUUCAAGAGAUUUAAUUCUUUCCUUUUUCUGAAUUUUACCUUUUGCAGA